AUGUGUUCAAUUUUACUGAAACCAUUAACAAUGUGGCAGGAUUCUCCUAUUAAAUUAAAACAUAAUAAAUUAAACAGAGCUGAAAUUUUCAUAUGGAUCUUCAUCUCCUGUCGACACUCUUUCUUUAUCAGCUCCAAUCGUUUGUGAAAUUGUAUCUUUCAUAUGAGCUGAAACAGCUUCAUGAUGUCUCAUUUUAUCGAUUGCAUACAGCAAUCUAAUUAA